CCGAAUGCAAACUAAGCAGAUUGGUAUAAACAUAGCUAUCGUAAACCGCUGAAUAUUUGAUGGCAAAGUCGUGAACAUGUAAACAUCCGAAGUUUAGUGUUAGUAUUAUACACGUGUGUCGGGGGUCUUUUGCUAUCGCCCGUACCGCGCAGGAGAUAUUAUUAGUGUGUGUGUAAAUGGAAAGCUCUGUGACAGUGCGACUUAUGUGUUUGUUUUCUGUUUAACAGAUUAGUUUUAUUAUUAUUUAGUAAUUAUUUUGUAAAUCGUGAAUUCUGUACACAAUGGAUACUACCAAUGACACGGGUACUGAUACGGGUCCAGGGGACAGGUCGGCGAGGCGGAUCCUCCGGGAACGGUCGUCCAGACGUCCUCUUCAAUUAAAAAUACGACAGAAAAGGCAGACGAUGCAAAACAUGACUCGGCCUCUCAAACAGUGGCUGUGCAAAAAUCGGGACAACCCCUACCCCUCCAAACUGGAGAAAGACAUCCUUGCCCGCGAAUCUCAGAUGACGAACACCCAGGUCUCAAACUGGUUCGCCAACGCGAGGCGGAGACUGAAGAACGCAGUCAGGGGAGACAACAUCCCCUGGUCCAAGCGGGUCAAAAUGUACAACAGCAGCGUGCCUGGCAACGCAGAGUUGCUAAGCAUCAGUUCUGAUGAUAGCAGCCUCUUCGAUUCGGAUGAUAACGAAGAUUCAGUUACUUACACAGCAGACGAACAGAAACCCUUGCCUAAUUCGCGGGUAGAUUUCAGUCCGGUAGCAGACGACCCACCCCCCUCUGAUGACGUGGUUGUUCCUUCUAGAUCUCAAACUCCUACCAGCGGAUUUUUCCCGCAUCCGGGGUUGGAUUCCGAUUUCCACAGACCUUUCAGAGAAGGGACCCAAAAUAAGUUUAAACAGACAAUUCUACAGCGUUAUUUGAGUGACACAUGCAACCAAACUUCGGGCACACAUGUGGACAUGGAAAUGUCAGCUUUCAACAAAACUCGAUCUCGAAAACCAUCAGGGUCUAUUGGGUCACGUGACUACGAAGAAAUGUCCACAGCCUCUGGGUUUUCUUCUGCUGCUGAGAGUCAAUUUUACUACCCCAUGGAUGACCCGAUUGAUGAUUUGGAAGCCGCCGCUAGGAGGCGCAGGAUCUCAGGAGAUGUUAGACGCCAAGAGGAUAUUCACUGGAAGGAGAUCAGCGCUGCCAUGGCUCUGACGUCACUGGCACGUGGUUCGAGCCGAUACCCGUUUCAUUAGAUAUUUCGCACACAUUGUACGGGAUCCUUUAUUUGAUAAAGACGGCCAGUGUUACCAACCACAGUGAUCUCCCCUUGCUCGAAGCUGAUCGAGGAGUGUUUUUACUUUUACAUUUUUUUCCUUAAAUAUAUUAUCUCAAAUCUUCAGGGACAGAGUUUAAUACUUUUAAGUGUUCAGUGCAAGUUUUUGUAUAGAAUGAGCGAUCGGAUGACUGGUUUUUUUUUAUUCCGUGACUCGGUCCUUCGUCAAAUGGCAAAAGUGACUGUGUUUUUGUGUACAGAUAUUCCACAUUAUUUUUAAUCAUUGUUCAUAGAUGAUUUCAUUGCCAUGGUUAUAGUAGUUAGUUGUAAACGUUUACAAGAUGAUAUAUUUUAAAAACUUUUUAAUUGUUAUAUAUUAUAUACUACUAGUGUAUGGACCUUCGGGUUCCCAGAAAUGUGGAGAGCGUGGGCGUUGUAGCCGUCAGCAGCGCCGUGUUGGAAUGGAAAGGGACAUCUAAUAAUUCUAUAAAUAUAUUUCAACACAA